UUGAUCUUCAGGCUUCAGUUUGAUCCCUAAUUCCACAGCAUGUCCAGCAUGGCAAAUACCAAACAAUUAGAGACAAACAAACACAAGCUCUUCUGUCAGCCUCAGGAGAUAGUUCCUCCAUUGUUUUUGUUUGGUAGCUGUAAAGAUUUUCCCCAGGGGAGAGAAAACUUUUGUCCGUCUAUCGUUAAUUACGAAGGCCCACGAGGGAAGUGGGCUCAUUGAGGGUAGAGCCUGGCAGAGGGUAGGUAGGUCCUUGAAUAGCUAAUGAGCUCAUUUGCUCCCUGGAAUCUCUCAGAUCACAUUAUGUCCAGCUCACUGGGGUGCUACAGAAAAAUAGCCAGAAAAUAAAAACUGGAUUUAAAGAUGCAUGGUUCUAUAGUUGGCUUAGAAAGUAGACGCCUUGCUAAACACUUCACUAGAAAUGGUGCUCCGCCAGGCCAUGCUUUGUCCUCUGGUUUCUUAUAGCUUUUAUGAUAUCAUCUUAUCAGGUAAAAUAAAUAUUUUCUUUUUUCAUUGUUCUUUUUUCAACCAUAAUUGUUAUGAAUAUAUAAUAAGGAAUAAUAAAAAAUUCUUCUCUCCAUGCUAUUUCUCUGUGGUCUGUUCCAGCCUCUAUUAAUCUUGUGUCUUUUGAGUUUGCUCAGGAGUUGCUGAAUUAAUGGGCUGGAUUAUUCUGGACAUAAUGUGUUGUGACAUUUGUUUGCCUACCCACACUUGUUGUUCUUCUAAACCAUUCUCUGAACACUGUUUUAGGAUCUGAUUCUGUGGUGCCACUAAGCAGCUUUGUCAUCAGGGUGAGAAGACUGUAUUAAGCACGCAGCCUUUUAUCCGCUGCAAUGUUGAUGAUUAAAGUUUACAACUGAAAGACAGCAAUAGCCACUGAUGCCCUAGAUAGAGGUCUUGUAUAUUAUAUAUUGUUCCCUAAUUUGAAGAACCCCACUUGUUGGAACAGUACUAAGAGCAGAUUGGCCACGCCUUACAGACAAUAGAGGAGAUGGGGAAACCAUUACUUCUCCUUUUUGCUUUUUUAGCUUCUUCAUACUGUAAUUCUAUCCCUGUGAUUAACAUGGCUGUGGUAAAUGUGAGAGAAGAUCAUCCAGUAGGUAAAGUUGCAUUUCAAAUCGAAACAUUUGAUCCAGAUGGUGACCCUCUAACAUAUGGUAUCACUGGAACAGACUCUAGUCAUUUUAACGUUGACAAAGACACUGGUGAAGUCAGAAUCAAGAGUAUGCUGGACAGAGAGACAAAAGACCUCUUGCUCAUAGAGGUUGUGGUGAAUGAUGGCGUUUAUGCAGAUGUGACAAAAUCAGUUUAUGUUGCUGUUUUAGAUGCUAAUGAUAAUGCACCAGUAUUUCAAAAGCUGCCCUACAAUGAAGAGGUUCCAGAGAAUGAACCUGUGGGCAGUACACUGUUCAGAGCAAACGCCACAGAUAAUGAUUUUGGCACAGCUUCUAUAGUGUCCUACAAAAUUGAUGACGUGACACCAAAUGACGGGGCUAGCCUGUUUUCAAUCUCUCCGACUACUGGAAUUGUUGUCCUGCAGGGACCUUUGAGCUUCACCGACAAAAGUCCUUUCUAUCAGAUACGAAUCAUUGCAUCUGAUGGUGGUGGGCCACUGAAUGAUCAAGAAAACGUGGUUCAGUCUUCAUCAGUAAUUGCAUUCAUUACAGUUAAGGAUAUGCCAAAUCUCGACCCACAAUUUCUGAAUUUACCUAACCUUGCUGCUGUUGAUGAGAACUCAGCUGUGGGUACAACUAUCUUUACUGUGAGAGCCAGAGAUCCAGACACUGGGGUCAAUGAUCAGAUCCACUACAGUAUUGAAAGUACUGAUGCACCAGACCUGUUCCAAAUCAAUGACGAGACUGGUGAAAUAUCUAUCAAAACUUUAUUUGACCGUGAAGAAUUACUGGAUAAAAAUGCUGUGGUAACUUUACAAAUAAAGGGAAGUGAAACAAAUCUUAAUGUGGAUGGAGUUAUUGCAAGCACAAUAGGAGAACUACAGAUUUCUAUUGGAGAUGCGAAUGAUAAUGGCCCUGAAUUUUAUGAGUGUGAAGGUGAAACUGAAACCUGCACACAGAAAUACAGCUUCAUAGGCAAAGUUGAUGAGAAUUCAUCUGCAGGACUGUCAGUAAAUGAACUGAAUAUAAGAGUCAAAGAUCCAGAUCAGGGGCUAAACAGCAGGUUUAAUCUCCGUCUUGAGGGACCUGAUAAGGAUGUGUUCGCUGUCAGUCCCAGCACCGGGGUGGGAGAAGGUUCUGUUCAAGUGAUGAUAAAAGAUUCAUCUGCUGUUGAUUAUGAGAAGAAGACAGUAAUGUCUGUUCAGAUUAUUGCUGAAGAUGUCAGUGCAGACUUCACCUCUAUGGCCUCUGUCACCAUUACCAUCAAUGACAUAAAUGACAACUUUCCUAAGUUUGAGGAGGAUGUUUAUGAGUUUUCUAUUGAUGAACACUGUGAUGACGGAACUGUUCUGGGCAUCAUAACCGCAGCAGAUGAAGAUGCCUUGGAUAAUGGCAAACUCACUUACAAAUUGUUGCCGGAAAGCAUGCGGGAGUUAUUCGAUGUUCAUCCAGAUAAUGGAACUAUCGUUGUUAAAAAUGGACAGCAUCUUGACAGGGAAGGCACCAAUUCCUACUCACCUACCCUGCAGGCCAUAGAUUCAGACGGCCAGAUUGGUACCACUGUUUUGAUGAUCAACAUUCUGGAUAUUAAUGAUCAGACACCAGUGAUGAACAGAGAACUUUAUGAGGCCUAUGUACAAGAGAACCACAAAUUAGAGAUUAAAAUCCAGGCUACAGAUGGAGACGACCCCAAAAAACCAAACAGCAUGAUCCAGUAUCGCAUUGACAACAGCCCGUUCAGCAGUAACUUUACCAUAGACCAAGACUCUGGUGUGCUUCAAAACAAUGGUCGAUUGGACCGUGAGGCUAUGGACCCUGCCCUAGAUGGUGUGAUUAAGUUGAUGGUGAUCGCUUCAGAUAUGGGCACACCAUCCCUGUCCUCCACAGCCAAUGUGACCAUCAACAUUGGGGAUGAAAAUGACAAUUCUCCACAGUACCUUGAUCCUGCUCCCUAUGAAUUUAAAGUAAAGGAAAGUGAAGGAGGCAUAUGGGUGGGCUCUGUGCGGGCUCACGAUGGCGACCAAUCAGACUUCAAUAAUCGUAUCUUCUUCAGUAUUACUGAUGGUAGUUUUGGAAGUUUCAUAUUAUUUAGUGAGGCCAUCAGUGAAGGUUACAGGGGCAACAUCACGGUGGAUCCCGCUGUUGAGCUGGACUACGAAAGUGACCGCAAGACGUAUGAUCUAACAGUGGAGGCCUCGGACUUGGGUCAGCAAAAGGUUAAGACAACAGUAAAAGUAAUUGUGGUUGAUGUGAAUGACACUCCACCUGAAUUCCCAUCCGACAUGACCCUGAGCGUAAAAGAGAACAGCACCUUGUCAAUGCCUCUGGGCACAAUCGAAGGCAAAGAUGUGGACACUGAGCACCUUCUAGAAUAUGAGCUUGAUUCUACUGAAUGCCAAUGCAAUGGUGUCAGAGGUCCAUGUCCCGAAGAGUGGUUUAAAGUUGAGCGUAACGGUGAUGUGAUAACUAAUUCGGUCUAUGAUAUUGACUUUGAGAAAUGUGAUAAAGUGUUCAUGCAUGCCAAGGUGGUGGAUGUUUUAACUGAGAAGAGGAGAGACAGUACUGAAGGAGUUGUCACUAUUAAUAUUGUGGAUAUCAAUGACAACACCCCAGAGUUUGUUGUCUUGCAGGACUUCUAUGUUGUAGUCAUUGAGAAAGUUGAGGUGGGCACAUCUGUUGGCAGAGUUUAUGCCAUAGACAGAGACACAGGAGAGAACAGGAAAACCAAAUUUGAAGUUAUCAAGGUGGACUUUGUUAGCAGUGAAGUGAAUUCCACAGAGAGUUUGUUUCUCUACGCCGACUCUGCCAAUCAGGAAGAUGCUGAUGGAAGGUUCACUGCACAUAUACGGUCCCGGAAGGCAAUGGAAAAUAAUAAAAGAGGGAAGUUCAUGGUGCAGGUGAAGGCGUCUAACCUUGAUGGUCUCAGUUCCACCUCUGUGGUCGAGCUUCUCACAGUCGACAGCACCUACAGAGUCAGUCUCAGAUUUAGUGCAUCUGUGUCUGAAGUCAAUGAGAAUUUACCUCAGAUCAGAGCGAUUCUGAUAAGUGCUACAAAAGCAACGGUUGAAUUCUUCAAUGUGUUUAGUGAGACGGUUAUUCAGCGAGCUGAAGAGAUGACCAUUUUGGAGGCUUAUUUUGUGUUCCCAAAUGGCACAGCUCUUGACUAUGAUGCAGUGACUUCAAUCCUGAAUUCAGAGGAGGUCUAUAAGGAACAUGGAUACCAACUAACUCAGCUUGGAUUUACUGGCAUUUCGACAACUGUUACAGAGUCUACAGAUGUUAAAACAGAGGUAUUCAUCAUGAUUGGUUUGAUGGCUGCACUGGCGAUCGUUCUUGUUGUAACAACCACCUCACUCGUGUGCAUCAGAAGAAACUACAAGAGGAGACUGAAGGCAGCCAAAGCCAUGAAUUCAGCAGCCUCAGUGGUCAUCGAGAAUCAGAAGACCGGGCCUGUUGUUCCUGGAACAAACAAAUACACCAAAGAAGGAGCGAACCCAGUGCUGAAUAUGAAUAUUGACACGGCCACAGACCUAGGCUUUGAUGAAGAUGGCUCCAGCGCAGACAGAGAGAGCCUUAAUUCCUUGGACUACAACAUUGAUAUGACCAUGGCAGAGAAAGACACUAUGCCAAUGAUGGUAAUUCAGGAGGAAGAGGAGGAGGAUGAAAGGAGUGAAUCUCCAUACAUUGAACCUCUGGGUGCCGCACUGGCCCACCGAGAAAAGAGGAGAGGGGCAGACAGCCCCAGUAUCACUUUUGCAAACCCUUCCACAGACACCACUGAUCUCUAACAUUCAGCCUCUGACCUCCACCUAUUUGCAUUUUUUUUUUCUUAUACGUAGUCCUGCCAAAAAAGGAGAAAAGUCUCAAUUUCACAUUUCAUUAAAUUUGCACAAACUCUAAAUCUAAACAAGACCUUUAAAGUUAUCAUCAAUUAACUUUUAAAUGUAAGAGUUGGAGAAAAAAAUUCUCAGUGCACUAAAAACAAGCAGAAAUUCAAACAGUAUUUGAAGUCAAAUUUUACCUAAAUUAUUAUUUGUUUUUUUUUUUCUUUUUUUUUCUGAACUUUUGGUAUCUCCAAUAUGUUAUACCUAAUCCUUGAUUGCAAUGUUUUGUUAUACAGAAGAAUGGAGCUCUCUUAAAAAUGUAAUUAUUCUUUUCUGUCUCUGAACAAAAAACAGAAACUGCAACAGAAACUAAAGUAAAACUGCUUGUGUAUCCUGCCAAAUAUUAGCUGGCACCAGUCUGCUAAGUUUAGGUCUGAGUCAAAUCAAAUCAAUUAAAUAAAACUCAUAUCUUAAUAAGCCAAAUUGGUGACCAGGGUGUAUAUAUUUCAUAAGCUGUCUAUAUAUGGUGUAUUGUUAUAUGUUCUAAGUGCAAUCAUUUGUUAGCAUGUUCUGUGAAUUUAAAAAAAUAAUAAUAAUAAUUUGUUUUGGAAUUUUACUCUAAUAAAAUGUAUCAUCUUAUCAAAAUGAGUCACAAAUCAAGUUUUGCUUUUCCCUUAGAC